CACAGCCGGCAGAGGAUGUCUCCCCCUGGUGGUGGUCUGUAUCGCCGCUCGGUCGUGGAAAUGCCACGGUGGCUUACUAGAUCGCAAAGGUGUAUACAGUGCAAAGCUGCAUACAGGUUAACUGUGCAAAGGAGUGUAUGUUUACGGAUCUGGAUCCGACUGACUUGUUGGUUGUGGUCCUGCGUUUUCGUGUGAAGGUCUAUUUAUGAAACCUGCAAUCUGGAUCGCGGCGGCAGUAGCAGACGGAAGAUAGAGGAAUUUUCUCGGUCUUCUCGGGAAAAACUCGUCCAGUCGAAGAACAAGAUGUUCUCCAAAUUCACGUCUAUCCUUCAGCAUGCGGUGGAGGCGCUUGCACCAUCGCUACCCUUGCAAGAAGACUUUGUUUACCACUGGAAGGCCAUCACCCAUUACUACAUCGAGACAUCAGAUGACAAAGCCCCAGUGACGGACACCAACAUCCCCUCCCAUCUGGAACAAAUGCUGGACGUCCUAACCCAGGAGGAGAGCGAGAGGGAGUCGGGUGAGACCGGGCCCUGCAUGGAGUACCUGCUCCACCACAAGAUUCUGGAGACCCUCUACACUCUGGGCAAGGCUGACUGUCCUCCUGGUAUGAAGCAGCAAGUUCUGAGCUUCUACACCAAGCUGCUGGGCCGGAUCCGACAGCCCCUACUGCCUCACAUCAACGUUCACAGACCAGUACAGAAACUGAUUCGUCUGUGUGGGGAGGUUCUGGCUGCUCCUACAGAGAACGAGGAGAUCCAGUUCCUCUGUACAGUGUGUGCCAAGCUCAAACAGGACCCCUACCUGGUCAACUUUUUCUUGGAGAAUAAGGCUAAACGUGGGGACGAUAAGGAUGCGGACGUGGAAAGCUUGAAAGAGGAAAUGUCUUCUCCAGACACAGGCCAGCAGGUACACGCGAGUGCCGACCAGGAUGGUCCAACGGCCAACACCAGCAGCCCCGCCCAUGUGGGCGGUGCCUCUGUGUUGCCUGGCAACAGCAGCAGCAACUACAACCUGGUCAGCUCCCUGCUCAACCUCACCAAGAGCCCGGACGGCCGUAUCGUGGUGAAGGCGUGUGAGGGUCUGAUGCUGCUUGCCAGCCUCCCUGAAGAUGCCGCUGCGCAGAGCUUGACGGAGAGCACGGCGCUGUGCGAACUGCUGACGCGACGCCUCACUUCCUUCUACCAGGCACUUCCACAGUCCAUGGACCCGCUCGACAUCGACACCGUCGAGUCCGUCAAUUGGGGGCUGGACGUUUACAACCUGAAGGAGGAUGCGGCUGCAUUCACUGGCAAGCGAGCGCUCAUUUCCUUCCUGUCAUGGCUCGACUACUGCGAUCAGCUGAUUAAGGAGGCCCAGAAGACAGCAGCUUCAGUUUUGGCUCGAGCAGUGAGAGACCACUUUUUUGUCCCAGUGAUGGAGCCACAGCUGAUGCAAACGUCAGAGGUUGGUAUCCUAACCUCUACAGCACUCCUGAACAGAAUCAUCCGGCAGGUGACAUCAGAGGCCCUACUACAGGAGACGCUCUACUUCCUGCUGGGAGAGGAAGUGGGUCCAGAAACUCCCACCAGCGUUGGCCACUCCCCCCUGCGACACCGGCUCAUAGGACACUGUGACCACCUCUCAGAUGAGAUCAGCGUGACGACCCUGCGGCUGUUCGAACAGCUCCUGCAGAAACCUUGCCAGCACGUCCUGCAGAACCUGGUGCUGCGGAACCUGGAGGAGCGGAGCUACACCGAGUGCCGCCAGCCCGACGAGCGCGACGAGCGCGAGCACAUGGAGAACGGCCAACCGCACGACGCCAUUGAUCUAGAGGAGGACCCUCUGUUCUCAGACCUGUCUCCAGACACCAGGCUUUCGAGCCCUGAUUGGCUCAACUGUUCUCCCCCACAGAGCACGGAACACUCAAAGCAUGAUGGGAAAACGGAGGUCCACAAAAUCGUUAACAGUUUCUUGUGCUUGGUCCCGGACGAGGCGAAAUCCUCCUACCAGGUUGAAGGCACCGGCUACGACACGUACCUGAGGGAUGCGCACAGACAAUUUCGGGACUACUGUGGUAUCUGCCAGAGGUGGAAUUGGCCAGGCAGUGCAAAGCCCAUUGAGAAGUGUGACCUAGACAAGCCUUUCUUCGAGGGGCACUUCCUCAAAGUGCUGUUUGACCGAAUGGGUCGCAUCCUGGACCAGCCAUACGACGUGAACCUGCAGGUGACCUCUGUGCUGUCCAGACUGGCCCUCCUACCACACCCUCACCUGCACGAGUACCUGCUGGACCCAUACAUCAACCUUGCGCCUGGCUGCCGAUCGCUCUUCUCCGUCAUCGUCAGGGUGGUGGGAGAUCUGAUGCUGCGGAUCCACCGUGUGCCCGACUUCAACCCCAAACUGCUGCUGGUGCGGAAGCGCCUGCUGGGCCUGGAGCCAGAGGUGUUGAGCGUGGAUCACGUGACUCUGCUGGAGGGCGUGAUUGUCCUGGAAGAGUUCUGCAAGGAGCUCGCUGCCAUCGCCUUCGUCAAGUACCACGCUUCAGUCCCCGCCUCCCCCUGAGACAGGCCCCACCCCCCCAG